UUGGAAGCUGCAGCGGAGCGCGGAGAGACGCAGGAGCCGGAGCCGACCCGGAGCAGUGCUGGUUCAGGUCGCGCUUUUACGCACGGGAGCAGACUGUCCGGACAUGUUGUGAACUUACAUUUCUGACAACACGUGCUGGAAUAAUCACUUUAGACGCAGAGUACGAUUCAAAAUUAAAUCAAGUUGACAGUAUUGUAGCAAAAUGAAGGUAUUUACACAGUUAUUUCCUUUGAUCGCGCUUUUGUGCGUCCACGCUGUUUCAUCCUCCAAGUCCAACGUGCCACGGUUGAGGCUUUCGUAUAAAGAUCUGGUGUCUUCUAACCGCUCCCUGGUCUUCAGUGGACAUCAGGGACAUCUCUCUGUGUCUUCUGUGUUUUUGGACGAGUACAGAGACAGGCUGUUCAUCGGAGGGAAGGACGUGCUCUACUCACUGCUUCUCAAACCCACAGGACAGGAGUCAAAGGAGAUCCACUGGCCCCCGUUGCCUGGAAACAGAGAGCACUGCGUUUCGAUAGGGAAGGACCCGCAGACGGAGUGUGCUAACUUUGUGCGCCUGCUGCAGCCCUAUAACCGCACACACCUGUUGGCCUGUGGGACCGGGGCCUUCCACCCUAUGUGCGCCUUUGUCUAUGUGGGACACCGCGGAGAGCAUGUGUUCUCUAUGGACGCCGCUAAUGUGGAGAAUGGACGAGGGAAGGUCCCACACGACCCCAGUCUGCCCUUCGCCAGCACCUUCAGCGGAGGUGAGCUGUACACUGGACUGACAGCGGACUUCCUGGGGAGUGAUCACGUGAUCCUCAGGACGAUGGGGGGACGCUCCACCAUGAGGACAGAGACCGACCAGAAACUCCUGCACGAGCCCAGGUUUGUGGCUGCUCACCUGAUCCCAGACAAUGACGACAAAGACGACAACAAAGUGUACUUCUUUUUCACUGAGAAAGUGACCGAGCCUGGAGACAGAGAGGGAGCCAUCUACUCAAGGAUUGGGCGAGUGUGUGCGAAUGAUGUUGGCGGUCAGAGAGUGUUGGUGAACAAGUGGAGCACAUUCAUAAAAACCAGACUGGUGUGUUCGGUGCCUGGACCUCACGGUAUCGAUACACACUUUAACCAACUGGAGGAUGUAUUCUUGCUGAGGACCAAAGACGAGAGAAACCCAGAUGUCUACGCCAUUUUCAGCACCAUCAGUAACGUGUUCCAGGGCUUUGCAGUAUGUGUCUAUCGUAUGGCUGAUAUCAGAGAAGCUUUCAACGGACCCUUCGCUCACAAAGAGGGUCCAGACCACCAGUGGGGGGCAUAUGAGGGCCGGGUCCCCUAUCCCAGACCAGGAGUGUGCCCCAGUAAGAUCACAAACCAGCCGGGCAGAGAGUUUGGGAGCACGAAGGACUUCCCAGACUCAGUGCUGCACUUCGCCCGCAGUCACCCGCUCAUGUGGAGACCCGUGCACCCCGCCCAGAAGAAGCCCGUCCUGGUCCGAGCCAAUGUCCCGUACAGACUGCAGCAGAUCACAGUGGACCGCGUAGAGGCCGAGGACGGGCUGUAUGACGUCAUGUUCAUCGGCACUGAUAUUGGGACACUUUUGAAAGUCAUCACUCUGCACACUGGAAACAGCCUGGAGACGGAAGUGGUCACAUUGGAAGAACUACAGGUUUUCAAGGUUCCUACUCCUAUAACCUCAAUGGACAUAUCAGUCAAAAGGCAAGCCGUGUUUGUGGGCUCAGAUGUGGGGGUGGUACAGGUGAAGCUGCACCGCUGUGAGACCUAUGGGAACGCCUGUGCUGAGUGCUGUUUGGCCAGAGACCCGUAUUGUGCCUGGGAUGGGACGUCCUGCUCCCGAUUCGUCCUCAACAGUAAACGUCGCUAUCGCCGCCAGGACAUUCGCCAUGGCAACCCCGUACUGCAGUGUGUCGACCAAAACAUGAGCGAAGAGCUGGAUGUCCCAGAGGAGAAAGUGGUUUAUGGAACAGAAAACAACAGUACGUUCCUGGAGUGUAUCCCUCGCUCCCCACAGGCUUCCGUCAGCUGGCUGGUCCAAAGAGAAGAUCGCAAGGAGGAGGUGAAGUUGGACGAGCGCAUUAUGAUUACCGAACAUGGCCUCCUGUUCCGCCACCUGUUCCGUCAGGACGAGGGUCUGUACAUCUGUCGAUCCAGAGAGCACGGCUUCUCUCAGACCCUGUCCCGCUUGAACCUGGAGGUGCUGCCCGGAGACUCAGUGGACGAGUUCAUGCAGAGAGACAGCCACCCUGACUUCAAGGACCGCUCUGGUCUGGGGUACCGCCCGUGGACCCCCUGCAACAGCUACACCAGGGGCACUUCCACCGGGCAGUUUGGCCAAUCACGUACCUGGUUCAAAGACAUCAUGCAGCUGAUCGGUCCGGCCAACCUGCCCCACGUGGAGGAGUACUGCGAGAGGAUGUGGUGCAAUGAUAAACUGAGGAGGAAGCAUAAGAGCAUGUUGGAGAAGUAUCGGCAGGCCCAAGACAGCGCCCGGAAAGCCCGCAGUAAGAGUGUCAGUGAACGCAACAGGACGCCACGAGAUCUGAGCCGAAUCAGCCAAUAGGAGCAUACACAGGGGGACUAACAUGAUCAAUGGAGACGUAUUUGGCACUGAAAAACAACUAGAAGCACCUAAAUGAAAUAGACAUUUGAAUUUAUAGUUCACCUCCUGUUUGACCUGAAAUAGCAAAAUUGGACAAUAUGGAAAACAUCCUAUAAUGUUCAAGUUAUGAGAAUGACCAGAUUUAUGUUUUGGUUAAUACAAAAUUUGAAAAUGUUGAAACACAAAGUUACUCCUAUUUGUUAAUCUUGUCUUCAUUGUAAACUAUCACAUACAAAAACACAUUUUAAUAAGAACUGAAUACAAUUUUUAUUUCAGAUCAGGUGCAAUACAGGGUUAGUGGUGUCUUUUUAUGCCGAUGUCAAAUUUGUAGAAAAUUCACUUAAAAAUGUUGCGCAAAACUGCAGCUUGUGUUUCAGUGUCAUCUGGGUAUUUCCCAGAACUAUUACUUUAAAUACAGCUCAGAGUGCAUCUAGGGAUGGCAAAACAUGUUUUAUUGAAGUCAACAGUAUCCAGUAAUCAUCGAUAUCUGAUCAGCAAUGCACAGAUGUGGCCCAGCUGUGCGGCUUGGAUGUAGACAUAGUUUUGAUUUAGCUCAUGUUUGAGUUCAGUUCAGUUUCUGGUUUAUUUCUUGGUCACAUAAGACCUUGUGGGACGACAGUUGACCUUUCAACAGACAAAUGCAGACUGAAUCAUAUCACUGUACAUUGGUCACUGGCACACAUGUUAGAAUCAAAGAUGUGGUCAGCUAUAAGCAAAAAUUACUGUAAAGAGGGCUUUGAAAUGCAUCUUCCUGGUCUUUAACCACAUUCACUAUCAAUCCAAUCAUUUGUUACACUGCAUCUAUCAUAAUAAUAGCUAUUGACUCUAAAUGGAAAUGUUUGAGGGGCAGCAGUCUACAAAGCUAAGAUGAAGUAAUGAAAAGAAAGCAUCAGGACUGGAGAAAAAGAUGAAGAUGAACAAAUUCUGAUAUUAAAAUUACUGUACAAUAUUUUUGAAAAUACAAAAAAAGACUCAUGGUGGUAUAUUUAUUGUUCUUGUAGUGUGAGUGAGAGACAUGUCCAUAAAACUGCAAGUUCAAAACAAACAUUUAUAACUGAAAAAGUGAGACUUAAAUAAAUGGAAAUGGUACUGAAAGUAUGUUAUGACUACUAUAUCUGUAACUGUGGGGAGGUUGGUGCAGCUUAUAAGCCCGUAUAAUAUACAUUUGGUGUUUUUAUUGUUCAGUAAACAUGAGGCUGUUUCAGAGUGAUUGUGUAGUGGUGUAGCAUGUGUUUAAAGUGCAUUUUGAUGGUUUUGCAUGCUCUCAUUCAGUCCCAUUGUAAAUUUGUACAGAGCGUUCUGUUAGACCUUUUAUAUCUUCAGCCUUUUCUGUAGGUUUUUAUUGGUAUUCCUCUGUACUAAACAAGUGUUGUUUUUUGUGUAGGUUAUCUUGUAAAUAUUUUUUCCCCCCGGUUUGUCUGAGUAAGGCACAAAGCUAAAGUGUAAACGUCCAUCACGUUGAAAAAAUAAUGAAAACCAGUAGUGAUUUGUCCAAUACGAUAUGCGUUAUCAUUUCGUGUCAAAGCAAACUCUGAGUCAAUUGUUUUAUUUAUGAAUUUACAGCAUCUUGUGCUAUUUAACAUCAGUGAAAAUAAAAGUGAACUUUUUUAUUUCAAAAUAAUCACCUGUCUAUUUAUUAAACUUUUAUUUAGCCAGUGUAGAUAUGAUUUGGAAUAAUGCAAACUCCACAUAAAAGUCUUUUGCAAAAAGUGCACUAACCACUCUGCUACUUUUAUUUCGUUUAUUUGGAGCAGGUUCGGGUUGUAAUUGGGAUGGGAAUACUGGGCAGACGCCUAGCAGCUCACAAAAGUCCAAACUUUAACCAGAGCAGAACGGCUUUGCACCCACAAUAUUAUCGUAAAUUUUAGCUCACU